AUGUCUCGUCGCUCCCCACGAAGGAGCACUGAAAGUGGAACGUUAGGAGGUACCAUGCCUCGCGGGCGGGGUGUGCUGCCUCGGCCGCGGGCGGACAGCAGUGAUAUUUCUAGAGCUAUGCCAUGUGGAUACCCAUGUUCAGUUCACAGACAGCAGCAGGAGUGUGCGGGGUGAAGACAAUGUGUCUGCCUCUCUCGAUCGAGCCCCCCAGUUCACGCCCAGCACGUACAGCAGUCACCGAUGAGAGCCCUGAUGUGUGGUGGUCUGCUGUGAAAUACGAAAGGUUUGUGUGAGCAAGGGAGUGGCGUGUGGAUGCGACCAUGUG